UUGAAACGUCAAGUCUUGGCAUUCGGUUGAGUCAAGUCUUGCUGCGAUUCGAACGCCCAGAAACGCAACGCGCGCGAGUGAAUCCCACAGAGAUCAGAGAUCCGAGCAAAUAGAGUAUAUCUCAGCACAUUAGUUAACAGUUAAGUGACGUGACCUCAGUGCGGUGAUGGGCUCGCUGGUCUAGUGCAACAACAAAAAACUGCAGUGAGUGUCGAAGAAUCAAAACAGAAACCAGAAACAGUCAAAAAAGAACUUCAUAACCAUGAUGAUGAACGCCUUCAUCGAGCCGGCCCAGCAUCACUUGGCCAGUUACGGGCUGCGUAUGUCGCCCAACACCACCAACACCCCAAACAGCAACAGCAACACGCAGCAGCAACAGCAGCAGCAGCAACUCGAAAUGACCCAGCAGCAGCAGCAGCAACAGCAGCAGCAGCAGCAACAACAGCAGCAGCAGCAGCACCAGGAUCAGGAAUCCGCGGCGGCCACUGCUGCAGCCUACCAAAACUCUGGAUACGGGCACUUCAACAGCUAUGCCUCCCGGGAUUUCCUGCUGGGCAGGAGGGAGGCCGAUUACGGGGUUACUGGAACCGCCGGACAGGCCACCGCCGCAGCGGACUCCAUGCUCUUCUCCGGCUUCCCUGCUCAGGCUGCCGAGUUGGGCUCCGGAUUCGGACAGCAUCCGUUCCACAGCCACCAUCAUCACCAUCACCAGAUGCGGAUGGGCAUGGCGGAUGCCUAUGCCGCCGGCCACCCGUACAACCACCACGGCAACUUCCCGACGGCGGCGGUGCACCACCCGGUUGUACACCACCCGUCCCACCAUGCCAUGUCCGCGAUGCAUCCCGCCGGAGCUGGCGCCUUUCUGCGCUACAUGCGCCACCAGCCGACAUCGUCGGCCUCCAGCGUCAAGCAGGAGAUGCAGUGCCUCUGGAUUGAUCCCGACCAGCCGGGACUCGUUCCUCCGGGUGGCAGGAAGACCUGCAACAAGGUCUUCCACUCAAUGCAUGAGAUCGUCACCCACCUGACGGUGGAGCACGUGGGCGGACCGGAAUGCACCACCCACGCCUGCUUCUGGGUGGGCUGCUCCCGCAACGGACGACCCUUCAAGGCCAAGUACAAGCUGGUCAACCACAUCCGCGUCCACACCGGCGAGAAGCCGUUCGCCUGCCCGCAUCCGGGUUGCGGCAAGGUCUUCGCCCGGAGCGAGAACCUCAAGAUCCACAAGCGCACGCAUACGGGCGAGAAGCCCUUCAAGUGCGAGCACGAAGGCUGCGAUCGGCGCUUCGCCAACUCCUCGGAUCGGAAGAAGCACUCCCACGUCCACACCUCGGACAAGCCCUACAACUGUCGCAUCAACGGCUGUGAUAAGUCCUACACCCAUCCCUCGUCGCUGCGCAAGCACAUGAAGGUACAUGGCAACGUUGACGAGAAGAGCCCAUCUCACGGCUACGACAGCGAGGGCGAGGAGAGCUCCAGCUCGAGCAUCAUCACCGGCGGAGCCCAGACGCCGCCUUCGACCCGCCUGGACGGAAGUGCAGGCAGCAGCAGCGGGGUGAGCAGCUUGAGCGGCGGCAGCGGCAUCAAGUCCUCUCCGCACUCCAUCAAAUCGGAGCCCAAUCCGAUGCACAGCGUCCACCUGGGAGCCUCGAGCAGUGGCAGCAGCAGCACGGCCAGCAGCAGUGCCUCCCACUUGCUGCAGCAGCAACAGCAGCAGCAGCAACAACAACAGCAGCAGCACCAGCAGCAGCAGCAGCAACAGCAGCAGCAACUAACUGCCCAUCCGAGCGACUCGAAAUCCUCGCCCGCCCUUCAACUGAUGGCCGCCUCCGCUUCAGCCUACCUGCCCCCGCCCCUGGGACCGCCACCGUCGCACCACCACCACCCCCAUCACCACCAGGCAGCGGCUUCUCCCGGGGCAGCGGCCGCCUCUGCCUCGAUGUUGCACCACAACCACCACCUACUGUACCACCCGGCAGCCCAGCACCACCCGCCCAGCGACUGGUACCACACGGCGGCGCCAAGUGGCACAGCGGACGCGAUGAACCCGCUGAACCACUUCGGGCACCACCACCAUCACCACCACCUGAUGCAUCCUGGAGCAGCGACGGCGUAUUGAGAGUGGGAGAACUGGUGGCCCGAGGAGCCGCCACCGCCGCCCGCCCAGCCGGUGGCCACGGCCACGACCAUGGCUGGGGGAACUGGACCAGCCCAAGGACCCCUGGAGGAGUCGGCCUCCUCGCUGGACUGGAUCUGCUGCCAGCGGCUGCAGAACCUGGCCCUAGUGGCGCAAUGUGAAAACCAAAUAUUUCUGAAAGUUGAAGAAAACACUUUGAACUUUUUACCUGAUAAUUGAAAAAUUGCUGUUGAAUCGGAAGUCGAAGGUCGGGAAAUCUCAUUUGAUUCUUUGUCGUCUUUGAACAUGACUAUUAUGUAUUUUAAAUAUGAAUAUACAAAAAAGAUCUAUUGCCUAAUUUUGCUAUUCAACUGUUAUGUAAACUUAAACGUAGUUUUCUAGUUGCAAAACAAAGCCCACUAAACAUAACGAAAUCCUAAUCUUAAUGUAAAUGUAUAAAAUAUGAGUUAAUUAACGCAUACAUGUAAAAACCGCACUCGUAACCUUAACUUUAAACUAAAUUACUUAAGCAUAUUGACUACCUAGCCGUAAGACUUAGCUAAUUUUUUGUCGAAGCUGCUUUCACCCUCAUCGUCCCUCGUCCCUCGUCCUUUGUCCCAUUUUCCCAUCCUCCAACCUUAAGCUUUCUAGUACAAAAUUUGCAAACUAAUACACUGUAAAAAGAGUUCAACAUCGAAGGGAUUGGAAGCUCCGUCGCAUAUACGUAUAUACAUUUUCGGCCUUAGAUUUCUUCAAGCUUAAGUACGCAGAAUAAAUUAAAAAGUUAUCACAAAAACCAACAACAAGAAAACCCACAAAAAACCAACAAG